AACGGAUGUAGUUUCUCUUAGAUAUUUUCUAUAUAUUUACUGCCGGAUUAAAGUUUGAAAAGAAAGAUGGCAGACGAUCAGGAGCAGCAAGCCCCUGUGCAAAAUGUGGAGGAACCCCUUGAUUUGAUCAGACUAAGUCUUGAUGAAAGGAUCUACGUCAAAAUGAGGAAUGAGCGUGAGCUGAAAGGAAGGCUGCAUGCAUAUGAUCAGCAUCUCAACAUGAUUAUGGGGGACGUUGAGGAAACCGUGACCACAGUGGAGAUUGAUGAGGAAACAUAUGAAGAAAUUUACAAGUCGACUAAGAGGAAUAUCCCGAUGCUGUUUGUACGUGGAGAUGGUGUGAUUCUGGUGUCGCCGCCCAUGAGAACAGGGACAUAAACAAAGCAAUCGGACAUUUUUAUAUUUUCUGUAUUUUUUUUUCGCCAACUUUGUACUGUAUAUGUUAAUCAUGAUCUGCAUCAAACACAUUAAAGUCACAUUCAUUUGUAA